AUGGCUGCAGAAACCUACGCCAGGACUGCCAAUGGUGUCGCAGCGCCGUCGUCCGGACCGGGAAAUCGACCCGCAUCGUACUCCAAUAAUACUGCGAACGGAGUCAGCGGGCUCAAGUCUCAUGUCGAUGAGAAACGUCGAGUCAAUGGGGGCGACUAUCCAGCAAAUGGCAGUUUGGCACAUGGCAGCCAACAACAAGCGGCAAGCAAAGCGUCGUCUGACGGGCUAUCGCAUGAACUUUCGAACCCCUCCACCCCCGCCCUUACCAGAAAUUCAACGUCCAAAUCAAUGCCAAAGGGCUCCGCUGCCUUAUUACAGCAGAGGCAGCAACACUCGUCGUCUUCCACCACCAUCCCCACACAUACAGCUGCUCCAAUUGACCCUCUGUCGCAGCAAAUCCUGCAGCGCACAAACACGGAAAAGUCCAUAUCAAAGCUGCGCACCCAGGCGUCCGUGGAUGUAGACGCGGGUCCUUCUGAAGGUGGACGUUCUCUCACACAUGAAGACUCGCCGGUGAACAGAACCGAGAGUAAUAGUUUGACACAAAAAUCAUCCAAAGAAAAAAAAAAGGGUGUUUCAUUUCUCAGCCGGAUAAUUGGUAAUAAGAGAAGAGACGACGUCUCCGAAUUUAAUGACGAUGUGUCGGAAUUGGGAGAGCAUCGUGCUGCUGGGAUGGAUGCGGAAAUUUUUGCGCAGCCAAUAGGCUUCAUUCCCCGUUUCCCACCGCCUCCAAAAUAUAUCAAGGUUCGCGCUCAGUAUAAAAAGACCAAGGAUUUCAACAGAGUCUUCGUCGCCCAAGAAUUGCGAGGGACCGCCGAGCAAGCAAGCCGUGCUGCGGAAAAGCAUGCGACAAUCAAUGUUUUCGAAUCAGAUGCAGCCGCACAGGAAUGCAAGGCAAUAUGGGCGACGGUGUUCUCUAAAGAUGGUCGAUAUCUAGCUGUUGCGGGACAAGACCGUAAAGUUCGGGUGUGGGCCGUGAUAGCGACACCUGAGGACCGACAAGCGCACGAGAUUGAAGAAGAGGCUCGUAACGACGAGCCGUUGAUGCGCCUCAGUGCGCCCGUGUUCAAGACACAACCAGUGAGAGAAUAUGAAGGCCAUACGGGAAGUAUAGUGGACCUCAGUUGGAGCAAGAAUAAUUUCUUGCUCAGUACAUCCCUUGACAAAACUGUACGGUUGUGGCAUGUGACCAGAAAUGAAUGCCUCUGUUGCUUCAACCAUAGUGAUGUGGUGACAUCGAUCGAGUUUCACCCAAAGGAUGACCGAUUCUUCCUCGCCGGCUCCCUGGACACCAAGCUACGCUUGUGGAGCAUCCCCGAUAAGAGCGUUGCUUAUGUGGCGCCAGCGCCAGAUCUGAUCACUGCUGUCUCAUUUACACCCGACGGGAAAUACGCAAUUGCUGGUUGUUUGAACGGGCAAUGCGUUAUUUACGAAACAGAUGGCCUGAGGAUGAUAUCGCAGAUCCACGUUCGCUCGGCAAGAGGGCGCAAUGCCAAAGGGAGCAAGAUAACUGGAAUCGACACGAUCAUUCAGCCGCCUGGAAAGGAGUCGGGGAUCGUGAAGAUUCUCAUCACCAGCAAUGACUCCCGUAUACGUCUAUACAAUUUCAGGGAUCGAACAUUGGAGGCAAAGUUCCGAGGAAAUGAAAACUCGACUAGUCAGAUCCGGGCGUCGUUUAGCAGCGACGGGCGGUAUAUAAUUUGUGGGAGUGAGGAUCGGCGUGUUUAUAUCUGGCCUGUCGUGUGCAAUGAACGGUUUCCGGAGAAGCGGCCAAUGGAAAGCUUCGAAGCUCACUCUGCAAUGGUAACCACUGCUCUGAUGGCCCCGAUAGCGUCGAAGCAGAUCCUCGGUUCGACGGGAGAUCUCUUGUAUGAGCUGUGCAAUCCACCCCCAAUCACCUUGGUCAGCCAGACCGGAUCUAUUGCCUCGAGGUCUAUAACCGAAAAUGGAGGGAACGAGGUUUCCUCAACUACUCGCCCGCCAACUUCUUCAAAUCCCCCUAAAGCAGAAGAAUCUCCAGCGUACGUUGCUCGAUCAUCCCAUCCAGAAGGGAAUAUAAUUGUGACGGCAGACUAUAAUGGUAUAAUUAAAGUAUUUCGACAGGAUUGCGGCUAUCAUCGACGCCAUCACGAAUCGUGGGAUGCGACUUCAUUUUCAAAACGAUUACUGGGACGGAAUAAUUCCGUGUCCACAAGGAGGAGCAUAAGAUCGUUAGGCAAGGAGUCACUACACAAAACACCUUCCGAGCAGAUUCUAUCCUGGCGGAAUUCAGUUCUUGGUGCUCGGGACAAUGGCAGCGUUGACAACCUGCGGACUCGGGCGAGUAGUACGCGGAGCAUAUCGCCUAACCGAUCCCUCCGGAAAAUCAGCAGCGCCCCGAGAGCAGAUACUUCUCAGACGAUCAAAAGGCCUGCGCACGAUUCAGUAAUCUCGAGACCUAUUGGCUCCAGCAAGCUGGGCUUCAGCCAUCCAUUUUCCGGCGCCGUCCCGACGGAGAUUGAUCCUGAAAACCGUGAAAUUGAUGCGCCCGAAGAAUAUGAUGGUUCUGCCAGAUUUGCUCCGGCGAAUCCAGAGUUUAUGGAAGGCGAUCAGAGCUUUACGUUCUGGAAUAAAGCCCAAUUUGCUUCGCAGGCGACAAAUAGACGCCGAUCGUCCGUCGAAGACGACGAGGCUGAAGCGCGGCAGCAGCUGGAGAGCCUGACGAGCGAGCAGAGCUCUGACGGUCGGGCCAUUGAAGACGCGAUAGAUGAAGAUGAGGAGGAAGACGAAGAAGAAUUGAGCUGUCCACGAUGUCGGGGGACGAACUUUCGAGCGACGAGAUCAAAAAUUGGAGAGCAACGGUUGAAAUGUGUUCAAUGCGGAGCAUUCGCGUCAUGA